GCGGUUUCCUAAAAUGUCAAAGAUUGAUAGAUUGCUCAUGUGCUGGUGGGUUUUCACGGGCCUGACCCACAUGAUCCUUGAGGGUUAUUUUGUUUUCUCUCCAGAAUUUUUUAAGGAGAAGACUCCAUGUUACCUCGCAGAAGUUUGGAAAGAAUACAGCAAAGGUGAUUCAAGAUAUGCAGCAAGAGAAUCUGGAAUUGUUGCUGUUGAAGGAAUCACUGCUGUUUUAGAGGGUCCAGCUAGUCUUCUAGCAGCGUACGCUAUUGCCACAAAAAAGCCAUAUAGCUACAUACUUCAAGUAGCUAUUUCUCUAGGACAGCUUUAUGGAACUGCUGUAUAUUUCAUUACUUCUUACUUGGAUGGGGAUGACUUUGCUGCAAGCUUGUAUUAUUAUUAUGCAUACUACAUCAUAGCAAAUUCGUUUUGGGUUGUAAUACCCACACUUGUCGUAAUCCGGUGCUGGAAGAAGACAUGUGCAGCAUUCCAGAUUCAAGAUCAGAAAAAGACCAAAAUUCGUUAAGGUUGGAUCCAGAUUUUGUUUCAAGGACUGGAUGGUUUUAAUUCUGUGACUUGUUGUGUUUUGAUUUAUGCUUUGUAUUGAUUGUGUCUGGAUUGAAUCAUCGUCCAGUGACAUCAACAUUAGUAUGGCGAAAAGACCAUAUUUGAAUGUGUCUGUCUGUAUCCGGAAUUUUGCAUAAGAGGAUUGUUUACUUGAUGAGUUUGUUUAAGUGGAACUGAUUGCCUACUAUUAUUUGUUACCCCGUUUCCCUCCUCCGCUUUUUUUUUUUUAAAUUGUUGGGGUGGAAAAGAGUAGG